CAGGAUUCGCGAGGAUGACUGGCAACACAACAACUUCUCUCCUUCUACCACAACGCACCUGCUACUUAGUACUACACGAUUAUCAUGGCUGAAAAGCAGACCAAAGCGCUCGAGAAGGUGUUGGCCAAAGAGACCAAGAUCGACCAGCAGCAGAUUGAGAAGGCAAAGAAGGAGCUGCGGAAGGUAGAGAAGCUGUAUAAGGCGAGCAUUAAGGAGAGCGAGAAGGCUGAAAAGGCUUUGGAAAAGGCAGGAAAAUCAAGGAUUAAAGCAGAGAAGAGCGUGCACAAGGCGGGGAUAAAGCAUAACCACUCAGUAUCGGACGUCGAAAAGGCGGAGAGACUUGUCGCAGAGAUGAACCAACGAGAGAACCUCGAAGAGCAGGACGUUCAGCAGCGACACAGUCAAGUCAGCGAGACUUUUGAAGAGUUCCACGCUAAAGAGAAUGCUCGAAUUCAACGUCGCUCGGAGGUGUUGGCUGCGGGGGAUCCGGAAAUCGAGCCCACUGGAGCUGCCGGCGGUCUUCCUCCUCACAACCCGUAGGCCCAUCGCUGCGCGUAUUCGCGCCGUGUACCCGUAUCAGAUCUCGUGUUAUGUUUCGACGUGUACAUGUCAGGAGGGCU